AUGCCUUCCCGACUGGAACGAAGUGGCCAGAAGAAGGACAGCAGCAAGGGCGUCCUCGGGCUCUUCUUCGGGGGCGGAAAACGCGCUUCUUCUGGGCAGGAACAUUCACAUACGAGCGACAGCGGCCACGCGAACGGCAGCGGGGCGAAGAAGCCGCGGAGCUCGUCCAAUGUGCGCUUCGCAGAGGAUCCGGGCGGCUCCAAGCACGCCAAGGCCGCCAAGCGCGCGUCGGACAAGGGAGCUGCCUCCUCCAAGCCGCGCGAGCCGUCCCGGGGUCGCGCACGCAGCCGCAUGCGCGACGACACAGGCUGGGCGGCCGAGGAGGACUACCUCGACGAUCUGGACGACGAGCUCGGCCUCGUGACGAAGAUUGCGGGCAGGGAGCGCGGCAGGGCGAAGAGCAAGGCCACGAGCCGGGCCACGAGCCGCGCGGGGAGCCCCGUGGCGCGCGCCACGGUGGGCGGCGGGCGCUUCGCGGACGACGACGGCGACGACGACGCGAUGCUCGGCCGCGUCGCGCGCGAAGGCAAGCUCGCGCGCCUCGGGUCCGCCGCCAAGGGCCACGGGAAGUCGCGCGGGAGCGACGCUGCCGACCCGGGCGCCUCCGGCCGAGGCCGCGCGCGGUCGUCGUCGCGCGCGAGGUCCGACUCGAACCGCAGCAUCAAGAGCAACCGGAGCGCGAAGAGCACGAAGAGCCGGAACACCAGCGCUGCGCGGCAUCAGGCGGCAAUGGAGCGCGAGCGCAAGUCGCGGGCGGCGAGCCGGCAGAAGAGCCGCGCGGAGUCGCGGCAGCGCACGCGCCCGCAGUCGCGGAGGGGGUCCGAGAUGUACGCGAACGGCCCCGAGCCGGACAGCGCGGCGGAGAGCUUGUUCCAGGGGCAGUCGCAGGCGGCGCGGAGCAGCGUGCACCCGUCGAGCUUCGGGCCGUCGGGGCUGACGGACGUCGAGGCGCAGGAGAUGGAGAUCGAGGACCAGGAGGCGCGCGAGAUGGAGGAGAUGCUCAAGGAAGUCCAGGUCGCGGACGCGAACGACGACGGCGCCGACGAGGAGUCCCUCGGCUCCAGCAUCAGCGUCGCGUCCAGCGAGGGCGGCAAGAACCCGCGCAAGAAGCGGCGGCGGCGCGACGACGGACUCGGGGGCCCCGCCGGGAUCCUCGACCGCGCGGCCGACCUCGUCAAGGCCAGCGAGACGCUCGGCCGCUGGCGGAAGGUCGUCGGCGGGAAGCUCCUCAGCCUGCUGCGCGGGUCGGCCGGCGACACGUGGGACCUGGGCGAGAUGGAGCUCAAGCGGCUGCGCACGAUGACGCUGAAGAUCCGCAAGGAGGGCGAGCGCGUGGUCGCGCUGCUGCAGGAGCUCGAGGCCGAGGCGGACGAGCUGGAGCGCGAGCUCGACGAGAUGGAGGCUGCGUUCGAGGACGGCAUUUUGUUGGCGGAGGAGGAGGAGGCGAUUCCGGAGCUCGAGGCGGAGCUGGAGGAGACGGAGGCGGAGUACAAGGAGCUCGACAAGUACUACCAGGUCCUGGAGUGCAUGAUGACGUGUGUGCACGGGUAUAUGAACCUGAAGGAGUACCCGAAGACUCUGGACCGGGUGGGUGAGCGCGGGGAGCAGCAGCAGGCGAAGAGCUUGCUGCUGCGGAUGGGCGUGGACAAGGUGCCGGUGAAGCUGGGGGAGGUGCUCAAGGGGAUGCGCGGGAAGCCGAUCGACCAGGUGUGGGGGGAGGCGUACGGGAUCAUGAAGGAUCUGGACGGUAUGGAGCGGCACAUGAAGGCGCUGAAGGAGGUGGACCAGUUGAUUUACGACGACUUGAUGGACGAGCUCGGCGCGGCGGUCGAGGAGCUCACCGAGGCCGAGGCGCUGCGCAGCGAGAAGGCGCGCAUGAUGGCCGGCGAGUGGCUCGACGACGAGGACAUGUCGAUGUAUAGCGACGAGUACGCCGACAGCUGGGCGGACGACCUGGACGACUACGACGACGGGUGGACGGACUACAGCGGCGAGGCGUCGUACCGCGACUACGACGACGAGGAGAUGGCCUCCGAGGACAGCCGCGUGCGCCUGCGCCUGCAGUUUGACGACUCGGCGGCGCGCCGCAACGGCGCGCCCGCGGACGCGAACGGGCACGGCGGGGCGAAGCAAAUGGACCGGCUCGAGAAGGUGCGCGCGCGGCUCGACAAGAGGAAGCAAGAGGCGAAGGAGCACGUGAAGGCGGCGCGGCAGGCGUCUCAGCGGCGGCAGGACUCCGUGGUGCAGCAGACAGUGCUGGCGCGCAGGCAGUCGACGGUGCGCGGCGCGCGGGACUCGAUGGACGCGGGCUCGGACGACGGGUCGGCCGCGGGGUCGCUCCACGGCGGGCGCUCGCAGUCGAACGGCACGGGCGUCCUGGACGACGACGACGACGUCCCCGACGACGCAGCGGUGCUCCGCGAGCAGCGGCUGAAGAUCCUGCGGAACACGCUCAACUCGCGGAGGCAGGCGUCGAUGAAGCAUAUGAUGCUGAGCAAGGAGCGCGCGGACUCGCGCGCCAACAUGCUCGACCAGGCGAUCGCGAAGACGCCGAGCAUGAGCGUCUCGCGCGCGGCGAGCCAGGCCAUCAGCAGCGGAGCGUACAGCGCCGGCGACACUGCGCCGUCGUCGAUCGCCGAGGACGAGGAGGAAGCGCACAGCCCGCCGAAGGACAAGCGCGGGUCGAUCGAAGCACACCGCGUGUCGCUGGGUACCGUCGCGUCCGUGUCGUCCUCCAAGCGGCUACUGGAGCGCAAGGAGCACAUGCGCACCAAGCGGAGAGAUUCGUUCCGCAAGGACGCCCUGCGCGCGUCGCAGGGCACCCCGAGCGGCCGCUUCAGCCUCAGUCUGACUCGCGGCGGCACGCCCGAGCCCGUCACCCCCGCCGCGCGCGAGGAGGACGAGGAACGGCUCUCUCCGCACGAGCUCCAGGACCUCGACGUGAGGGCGCAGACGGAGCUGACGCGCAGCCGCGGGGGCUCGACCGGCAUGUCGACGUGCGCGACAACCUUUGGGUCCACCGCCGCGUCCGACGCCGCGCAGGCCGCGACGAGCGAGCGCUCGCGGCCGCUCGAGAUGUCGACCGACGUCAUCAUGCGGAUGGCCGCCGCGCACCACUCGCGCGAGAAGGGCGUAGCCUUCGCCCUUGGGCCUCUCGAGGACAGCGAUGCGGAGUCGCGCGGCGCGCCGGCGCAGGAACGCGGCCCGUCGGACGGCGCGGACUCCAAGGGGGCGUGGUCGGGGGCGCGGGGAUCGUCCGCGAUGGGGUCCGUCGCCGCGAUGUAUCUUGAGCGGUCCCCGGAGCACACGCCGCGGGUGGACCCGGCGGAGCAGCGCGACAUGGAGGCGCAGGCGCUGCUGAUGAGUGCGCUGACGCGACGAGGCGGCGAGCUGCUGGUCGAGCACCAGAGCACGGGCAGGGACAUCACGGCGGGCGAAGCUAUCGAAGUCGCCGCGCAGGUGCUGCAGGACCUGCGCGACGGCGGCUACGAGCCGAACCUCACGCAGGAGCACACGCUUGCGAUGCAGCUCGCGCCCACGCUCGAGCUCUCCGCGGAGGUCGCGUCCGAGGUCUCCUGGCGUCUCUUCCGUGCCAUGAAGGCGUCGCGCACCGACUCGCUCGGCACGGUCACGCCACGCGACCGCGACGUCCGCGACCUCGUCGCCCGCACCGUCGCGCGCGAGUGGAGCGCCGUGCCUGGCGCUGGCAUCCAGGGGUCGUACGGGCUCGCCGGGCGCGAUGCUGGGAGCGUUGCGGCGGCAAUCGAGGUCGCGGAGCGGUCCGUGGCGGCGCUGGCGGCGCAGGGCGUGCCCGUGGAGCGCUCGCCGAUGCUGCAGUGGGCCGUGCAGCAGGAAACGAUGCUGCUGCUGGACCCCAAGGUUGCGGAUGCGGCGGCAGCGGACACAAUCAUUGAUGGCAUGAACGCGCGGCCCGUGCGGCCGUCGACGACGUCGGGGAUCCUCGAGGUCAGCCGCAUCGACCAGCAGCUCAAGCCGAUCGCGGCGACCUUCGUGCGGGAGCGCGACGCCGCGUGGGCGGACGACGAGGAGGGCGGCGACGUCGAACAGUCGGCGCUCGACGCCAUCGACAAGGCCCUGGAGGUGCUUGCGCAAGACUCGGGCCGGCCGGAACCCACUCUGGAACAGGAGUACCUGGUCGCCCGGGAACUCCCACGACUCAUGAACCUCCCGGAAGCCAUGAGACAGCGCCUCCUCGCGUCGGCGUUCAACCGUCCGCGGAAGACCUCCGCCGCGACGUCGGGCGACCGCGCGUCCUCGGAGCCGCCGAACGAGUUCACGGACGCCCCGCUCACGCGCGCGCACAUCGAGAACGUCGUGCGCCGGCAGUGGGAGGACGCCGGCGCCGGCCCGCUCGCCAUGCGCGUCCACCGCGUCACGUCGCGCGCGCUCGAACAGCUGCGCGACACCAGCUCCCGGAGCGUCGAGCCCGCAGUCGAGUGGGCGGUCCAGCAGUCGCUCUCGAAGCUCUCCGACGGCCAGGUGCCCAGCCAGAGCCCCGCGCAGCUCCCCGAGGGCUCCUCCAUGCAGGCGAUUGCGCGCGUGCUGCGUUCGAUCUUCGUGGAGUCGUCGCGCACCGGUUCGCCGGCGCAGCGCGCCGCGGAGCGCUUCCAGCGGCCCAACAGGCGGCUGCCGCCGCGCCGCGGCAACUCGUUCUCCGGCGGCCACGCCCUCGAGAGCUACGACGCGUUUGCGCACUCGGCGGCGUCGUCGCCGCGUCUGUCGGUGCUGGACGGCAACUCCGGGGACCUGACGGCGCGCGCGGCGGCGAGCGCGGUGGGUCCGCCGAUUCCGGUGAUCGACCCCGCGGCGCCGAUCGCGGCGCUCGAGCUCUCGACUGCGAAGCCGCCGGUGUCGGAGAUAAAGCUUUCGCUGUUGGCGUUGAAGGCUUUGAACGACCACCUGGACAGCCAGAGCCCGGACGGCGCCGGGACGCCGGAUACGCCGGCGACGCCGGCGAGUUUCGGGAGCGCGUCGGUGUGGACGCCGCGCACGGGCACGUCCGCGGGCGGCGGCGGCGGCGGGACGGCAGAUCGGAUCCUGCAGGAGCGCCACGACACGGCGAUCCGCGCGUUCAAGCAGGUGGCGAAGCGGCUGCACGAGACGGGGGGCCGGCGGCUCGGCAUCGAGCAGCUCGCGGUGAUCGCGCCGGCGAUUUCGUCCAAGCUGGACCUGCCGCGCGUGCUGCGCAACAAGCUGGACCAGCGGCUCUUCCGACGGCAGAUUCUGGACCCCGAGGACGGCCCCGGGGACGGGCUGGUGGACACGGUCGUGGCCGAGGUGGACCGACGGUGGGACGCCGCGGAGGAGGCGGAGGGCCACAAAAAGGACAAGGGUCAGCUGGCGGCGAUCGCACGCGCACAGAAGGUCGCGCGCGGCGUGGUGCGGACGCUGUGGCGGAGCCGGAUCCCGCUGACGCCCGGCGUGCAGUGGGUGAUCACGCAGGCGAUCCGGCGGCGGCUCGAGAACCACGGUUGGGCGACUCCCGAGGACCUGGGCAAGAUUCUGGCGGGCAUUGUGCGGGAGGACGGGACGUGCUCGGUGGCGGAGUCGCACCCGGGUUUCGCGGCGGUGCAGCGCGCGUACGACGACGUGACGCGCAUCCUCGAGGAGGAGUGGGUGGCGGCGACGCUGGCGCACGACCUGCGGGGUCACAAGAUGAAGAAGACCCCCGGGAAGCCCGGAAUACCCCCCCACCUGCGCAAGGCGAUCACGCGCGCGGUGCAGCGGCUCUACGAGCUCGGCUACCGCGCGAACCCCACGAUCCACGAGGCCCUGUGCAAGGAGCUGGAGGAGAAGCGCGUCGGUCAGAUGCUCGCAAAACCUGCAAUGGACCCGGCGUCCGCCGUGAGCUCGCUCGUGCAGGAGAUCCUCGAGGGCUACAUGCCCGCGAGCGCCGCGGACCUCAAGCUCCUGACCACGACGCUCUCCUUCGCCGACACGGAGCUCGCGAAGACAAAGGCUGACACUGGCGAGGACCCCUUCACGCUCUUCUCGAAACUCGUGGAGGGCGGCGCGAAGGGGCAGCCGGCCACGUACGGCCGCGCGAUCGCGACGCGCGUGCUCGCGAAGCUCGAGGACUGCGGCGCGCUCUCGGACCCGGGGGUGGAUCGCGCGGCCACGCGCUGGGCCAUCUCCAAGGCCAUGUGCCGGCGGUCGCGGCUGCGCGGCGCGGCCGCGGUCGCGAUGGAGGGCGUCGUCGUCGAGGCCCUCGUGAACCGGUACGGCGCGGCGGGCAUGCUGGACGUCCGCCCGGCGCAGACUACGGCACCAACGGCAACGGGCCUAGCGCGGAGCUUCUAUCAGCGGUCCGAGCUGUCCGACCCGGAGGGGCGCGGGGCGGGGCGGAUGUUCCCUGGCGGGGACGAGAUGUUCAGCGGGAACGCGCCGGUCACGCUGUCGAACAUGGGGUCGGAUGCGGGGUCGGAGGCGGCAACGCCGCGACGGUCUGAGAACCCGAACGAGAUCGGGCUCGGCGCGAUGCUGUCGCGCAGCCGACGGGACUCCGAGCCGCCGAGCCCGAGCUCGAGCGGCGCGAUCGACUCCGUCGGCGUGUUGUCGUCGGGGGCAAUCUCGCUGAGCCCGUCCGGCGGUGCCGACACGGCGGCGUCGUCGGCGCAGCCGUCCCCGACGGCGGCGUACCUGAAGAAGAAGGAGAGCGACCGGGACAUGGCGGGCCCGAGCCUGCGCGAGAUGAUGGAGCUCCCGCCGCCGGUGCUGCAGCUCUCGGGCGACAAGGGCGGCAUGCCCGCGCAGGGGACGCCGGAGGUCGAGAAGAAGGCCUCGACGCUGUCGAUCCAGGCGGGCCCCUCGCUGCGCCUCAUGCUCGACGAGGAGGCCGCGGGGAGCCUGCUGUCAGGUCAGACCAGCUUCCGCGCGCUCCUGGCGAGCCGCAGCGUGCGCCGACUCGUGCACAAGAAGGGCGAGGGCGAGGGCGAGGGCGAGGGCGAGGACGACUCGGACGUCGAGAUCGAGGUGUCCGGGAAGGUCCCUGUGCAGAAGACCGGGUCGAGGAAGAAGGACGGCGUCAUUACGUUGGGUAGUGGGAACAGCCGAUUCUCGUUCCGCGUGAGCAUGGCGCACGGCUCGGACGCGCCCGGGAGCGUCACCGUCGCGGGCACCGAGCGCGACCCGAGCGCGCCGUCCCCGCCGACCUCGCGGAAGUCGCGCAGCCUCUGGCCGGGCGCGACGCCGCCGGGGGUCAGCGGGCAGGGUUCGCCGCGCGGGACGCGCGGGGACGACUCGGUGGACCUCGGGGACGCGCUCCACAUGACCUCGAUGGUCCGGGACGGCGGGAAGGCGCCGCCGAAGAGCAAACGGGGCGGGAAGGAGCCUGAGGUGCCCGGAUCAGUGCCGCCGAUGGCGUUCCGCCCGAGCCCGCCGAAGGCCACGCCCCCGGACGCGCACGGGUCGGCGCCGAAGAACCCGGCGGGCCCGUCGCCGCACGCCCGCCCCGUCGCGAGCGACAGUCUGCAGAACUUCCUGCGUGAGAAGUCCAUGACUCAGUCGCCGGCGGGGGGGGUGUCCGACGACCGCACGCCGCCGCCGCCGCCGUCCGACCCGUCCGACACCGCGCGCUCGAGCCUCGACGAGGCGAUGAUGUUGGGCCGCGGCGGGAGCUCCAAGAAGGACGCGGACGCUCUGCGCAUCGAGUGCGAGCAGAGAGAGGACUCGCAGCUUCAGUCCCCCGCUCCGCCGACCGCCCGCGACCUCGCGCCGAGCGCGCUCGGGACGCCCGCGGGCGGCGGCACCGGCCUGGCGCCGCCGGCGUCGCCCCCGCCGGAUCUGCCGUUGCAAACAAACAGCAGCGCAAAGGACGGGGCGCUGGGACGAGCGCCGUCCGGAGCCGACGCGGGCUCGCCGCAGGGCGAGGCGUCGCCCACGAAGGGCAAGAUGCGCCGGUGGGGCUCGAAAGACAAGGCGGCGUCGCCGUCGAAAGGCUCUCGGAAGAAGAAGGGAGGUUCGCCGGAGGAGGAGAGGCGGCUGAACGCGGCGCGGGCGGCGACGGAGGCGGCGCGGCGCGAUCUGGAGCUCCCGGAGCCGGGCGGCGCGGCGCAGGGCGUGGCAGACAUGAUUCGGCGCGACGCGGAGGAGGGCGCGGGGCGUGCGCCGCCGGCACGCAAGGAGUCGUCGUCGCGGCUCGGGGAGUUCUUCGGGAAGCUGGGGCGGAAGUUCUCGUCGAAGAAGAGGCUGAAGGACCGUGUGUGA